AGAAAGAAAGAAAAGAAAAGAAAAGAAAAGAAAGAGUGUUAAGUUUAGCUGCAGUCAAGGACAGCCCAGGAAAAGGCUCCAGGGAGUCCGGGAUGGGAGACAGAAUUCAAGUAAUGGGAGCUGAGAAGGGGACUGAAUUCUUUUGCGACACCUCCCCAAAGUUCAAGGGAACCGAAAGUGCAGGCGAAUACGGACAAGGCUACGGGGUCGCGGGUCGGAGUCCGAAGCCUCAGGAACAGCGAUCGCUUCGGGUCAGAGGGCGGAAGCCGUUUCCUCCUCGCUGCUCGAGUUUCAGAAAGUGCUGGACGUCCGGGGCGCCCGAGUCUCUCGGGAAUCCCAGUCCCAUACCCAGCUCAGCCCGCACUUACCCGCUCCAGGUGGUUCUUUUCGGCCUGUUCUCCAGUCUCCUUCGCGACAGUGGCGACAGGCUGCUCGGCUUCUUCGGACUUCUGGGUGCGCAGUAGGUCCUCCCGGAUCGAGACGCCCAGCUUCUUGAGAUGCUCGUCCGUCGCGGGGUCGACCACCAGCAGGCGCACAGAGUUGAGCGCCGCGCGGAUGCGGCUCACCACCUGCUGAUGCGUCUCCGUCUCCACAUUCUCGCCGUUCACCUCCACCAAUCGGUCCCCGGCUAGCAGCCCUGACUUCUCGGCCGGCGAGCCGGGCUCCACCAGUCGGAUAAACUGGCCCACCUUGCCCUUCUCCCCGUGCAGGUGGAAGCCGUAGCCGUUCGGACCCUUCUCCAGGCAGCAGAGCCGGGGCAGAGGCUCCCCGGCUGCCGCGAUCACGCUCAUCUUGCCCUGCGAACGCUCAGCGCGGUUCCUGUCGAAGGCCGGGGACGCACGCCUUUCUUCCCGCUUCGCGGAGCUCGAGUGGGGAGCUGAGCACCUCACUGGGGACAGUGAGCAGGUGUCCCAGGAACCGUGGUGGAGAACGCACAGGAAGGGAGGGAGCCAAUCCCCGCCCUGCGCGGUGUCUGAGCGUUCCAGAGCCCGCCCCAGCGCCUAAAGCUGGGGGCGGGGCUGUGCCGUGGGUGUGAAUCACCGUGGACCAAUCAGAAGCCAUUAACUCGAGCUCUGGGGCCGGGGUGAACAAAUCUGGCCAAUCAGGACGGUGGGGGUGUGGCUUGCACUCGGCGCGGCUCCCCGCAGCGGGAGAAGAAAAGAGAGCCCAGGAAGUGGAAGUGUUUGUUACCAAUGGGAAGUAGCCGAAGGAGGAAGUGCUGGGGUGAGAGUGAGGGAAAUCGGAGUACCCAGGAGCGGAGCAUGUAGCCUGCGCUCGCAGACAGGCUCCACCAAGGAAGGCAGAAGGGUGUGAGAAGAUGCACUUGGCGCUGCUGGUCCUCGUCCUCUCCUGGAUCUCAGGCUGCUCCACUGCUCAGGAUAUUACAGGUCCAAACAUGGUGAGCGGUCAUGAGCAGGGCUCCUUGACUGUGCAGUGCCGUUAUGGCUCCUACUGGAAGAAUUACCAGAAGUACUGGUGCCAAGGAGCUGAUUGGAAAACAUGUGAGAUUCUGGUUAAAACGGAUAUGGAGAAGUUGGUGAAGAAGGGCCGUGUGUCCAUCAGGGAUAACCAGACAGACUUCAUCGUCACAGUGACCAUGGAGGAGCUGAGGAUAAGCGAUGCCGACAUUUACUGGUGUGCAAUUGAGAAAUUUGCAUCUGAUCCCAAAUUUAAGGUUAAUGUGAAUAUUGGCCCAGCACCCACUACAGCACUGACCACGCUCCCCACCACCUCCGCCACCACCAUGUUCACAGAGACCGUUGCUACGAAGACCACCAUGUUCUCAAUGAUGACCAACUACUACUCUGAUGGCAGUCCUGUCGGUGACAGCGAUGACAGCGGUGACCACGGAGGCGGUGAUGUCCUGGGUCUCAGUGUGCUCCUCCCGGUCAUCUCUGCCGUGCUGUUCCUUCUCCUGCUGGUGACCUCGCUCUUUGCUUGGAGGAUGAUGAGGAGACAGAAGAAAGCUGCUGGGCCACACCCAGAGCAGGUAUCGCAGUCUCUGGAGGGUGACCUCUGUUAUGCAAACCUGUCCCUUCAGCAGCCCAGACCCUCCUCUCAGAAAAACGGUUCCUCCAUGACCUCCUCUGACAAGGCCCACCAAGAGGAAGUGGAAUAUGUCACCAUGGCUCCCUUUCCCAGGGAGGAGAUUUCAUACGCAGCUCUGUCUCUGGUGGCCUUGGGUCAGGAGCCCAUUUACAACAACACUGGCUCCCACGUCACCCGCAUUCCCAGCUUGAGCCUUGAGGAGUCCACGCAAUAUAGCAGCAUCAAGAGGCUCUAGGCUGUGGCCAUGCCUUGAUGUUGGUCUCUGAAGAAGGCCUGGGAGCAGGUCCCAGCACAUCUGCCUCUGUAUCUGCUUCCUUAUCAGGCCUAAGGGGUGGCUUGAACUCCGUCCAUUCAGCCCUCAUGGCUGUUAGCUCUACCUCGAGCUUGGAGCCCAGCCUCGGGACUCCAGGGAAUUAAGUGUCUUUCUCCGUCUCCUCUUAUAGUCAAGGUACCUUGGAAGGUGCAAGGGGAGGCUGCUGCAGGGAUGCUGUGUAAAUCAUAACAGUGAUAACAAUAGUAAUAAUAGCAAUUAAUCUCUAUUUAUUGUUUAUCAUAUGGCCCCCAAAGACAUUUUUAUCCUAAUGCCCAUAAUCUGUGAAUUCUUAUACAUGGAGAGACAGGUGCAUUUUGCUUAAGUUAGGAUUUCGAGAGGAUUUUGUAUUAUCCAGGUAGGCCCAAAAUAAGAUCACAAGGGUUCCUCUAAGGAGGAAUAGAGCAAGCAAGCAAGCAAGCAAAAAAAAAAAAAAAAAAAAAAAAAAAAAAAAAAAAAAAAAAAAAAAAAAAAGAGAGAGAGAGAGAGAAAGAGAGAAAGAAAAGAGAAUGCAUGGUGGGAACAGAACAGAAGGAAUGCCAGAAGAACCAAGAUGCGGCAAUGUCCAGGAGUCAAGGAAGGCAAAUAUCAAAUUGUCUCUUGGGUGGGACCUCCAAGAGGAGUUAGGCUUGAGCUGAGUUUGGAAUUGACUGUACUGUUGGUGUUCAGAAAUGUAAAAGAAUAAACUUUGUUGUUUUUA